AGUACUGAUAAUGAUGGUGAUGCUGCUGGAGCUUGAGCUGGAGCAGAUAUCGUCAUUGUAUACAUGAAAUUAAACUAGUAUUGAAAUCGCGCGCGCCACGGUUACAAGCUCUUGAUAAAGUUCAUCACACACAAAUUUGUUGUUUAUUUAUUUAUUUAAUUGUUUGUUUAUUUUUUUUUCUUUGAAAAUAUUAUUUGGUUGUUUGAUGAAUAAUGUUUAUUAUUGAUAAAUUUUCGUUGCACCUCAAAGUAUCAUCAGUUGCAAUUUUAAAAAAAUGCUAAAAGAAAAACAAUUAAAAAAAAUAAAAACAUGCUGUCAAGAUAAUAAUUUAAUAUAAAAAAAAAAAAAAAUUAUUCUAUAUUUUUAUUUUCAUCGUUAUUAUUAUAAUUAUUAUUGGAACACGUGACGAACGACUCUGAGGUAAAUUAGUGGUUGGUGAGGUUGGACGGGCUGAUGGCCCGUAGCCGGCUUCACCAGGACUGGCUCAUCCUCAGUCUAAUUCUGAGUCUAUCAUCAGCAAUACCACCACCACCACCACAACCACCACCACAAAGACCAAUUAUCACUAAUGCUAAUAGACUUGUUGUUGAUGAUAGUAAUUUAAUGACAUCAACUUUUUCAACGAUGCGUAAAAAUAUCACAAAAACAACAUCUGAUGUUGUUAUUUUUUUACGUGACAAUUGCAAUAAUAAUACUAGUAAUAAUUAUAAUAAUCAAGACAAUGAAAUUAUCAAUUUUCUUGGCUCUUAUAAAACCAAUGGAAAGCUUAGUAUUGGAAUUCUUCAAAAAUCACUUGCAUGUGAAUCGAAAUCAUGGGGUCUUGGUGCACUUGUUCAAGUUUUAGAACAAUCAACAACAAAAGCACUUAUUGCGGCUUUGGAUGUAAACACCUGUCAAGUUGCUGAGAGGCUUGCAUUUCUCUGGAAUAAACCAUUACUAACUUGGACCUGUCAGACAAAAACGUUGAAAAAUAAUGAGGCAACGUCAAUGAUAAGACUCACUCCGUUUCUCCCGAUUAUUGCUCAAGCUUUGUCAGAAUUAUUUUUACAUUUUAAAUGGAAAUCUGUUGCUGUUAUAUCAAUUGAUGAGGAACCAUGGCUAAGCUUGGAAAAUUUAAUAAUUGGUGCAUUGAAAAACAUUGGAAUAAUACCUCGUCACCAUGCAAUUAUUUCACGUCAAUCAACUUCACAAGAAAUUCAUCAAUCACUUGUCUCUCUUGAGUCUAUUAUUUCACGAGUUAUUGUUUUGUGUAUACCUGCUGAUGAUGAAGAAUUUAUAUCUCGUAUUUUUAAAAAACUUGAAACAAUAUCAAAAACAGACAAAUCACUUUUUAUACUUGUUCAUCCCGGUGGACCUGAACUUUUUUUACCACCAUCUUCAACAACAACAAAAAUAAAAAGUAACAUUGAAAAAAGUUUAUCUGACAAUUCAACUAGUAAAAAAGUAUUGUCAUUUGCCAAUACAACAUAUGAAAAUAAUAGUAAUAAUAAACAUCAAAAAUUUCCUAGAAAAUUUCAAGGUCACAUGAAGAAUCUCAUGGUCUUUUUAUCAUUUGAUAAAAGAUACAACUUGGAAGAAAUUUACAAUGGAACAAAUGUAUAUCAUGAAAAAAACCUGAUUGAUUAUUUAAAUGAAUCAUUGGGAAUAUUAUUAAAUGACAGCAAUAAUAACAACGAUAAUUUAAAUUCAAAUAAUAAUAAAAUGUUUACUUAUGCUUUACUUGAUUCACGUAAAUUUCUAAACAAUGUAAAUAAUAAUAAUAAUACUGAUGAUUACAAUUGGCAGCCACUUGUACAAGUUAUUGAAAGUUGGGAUAAUUUAAUUGUUCAAGAGCUUGUAGUUAAUAAUAAUCUUACUGAUGAGGAAAUAAUCCUUGACCCAAUCAACUGUCUCACGGAUAACGAUUGCAAAGAUGAACAUGUUGAUAACUCUGCUGAUAAUAAUAAUGUUAAUAAUAAUAAUAAUUUACCAUUGAGAACAUCACAUAUUGUUGCUGUUGUUUUGGUUUGUCUUUUAUUGACCCUGUUGAUAAUAAUAAUUGGUAUAUUAAUUAGAAGACAUCUUAUCAACAAAAGAAUAUCAAAAGGACCAUUUAAAAUAAUUUUAACAGCUUCUGAUUUUGUUUUUCCACAUAUUGCUGAUGGUCGUAGAGUUGAUGAGGGUAUAGAAGCAAUGUUGUGUUGUUGGCUACAACAACUACAAGAAUUUGGUGGUCCUGAAAUUGAAAAGCCUGAUUUAUUACAGGGUAGUGUUGGUUCACUCAAGCCACAUUUUAAAACAAGUACAGGUAGUUUGUCACGUCUUAAUAUAGUUGGUGAUUCUCGAGCAAGAUACAAUGGUGACUUGGUUCAAUUGAAGGAGGUCCCUUGCCAAACAACAUUUGAGUUAAAAAGCAAAGCCAUGGAUGUUUUAGUCAUGAUGCAUGGAUUACGUCAUGAGAAUUUAAAUCCUUUUAUUGGAUGUUUAACUGAACCGUCUCGUCCUUGUAUUGUUACUGAAUAUUGUUCAAGAGGAUCACUUGAAGAUGUUCUAGUUCAAGAUGUUAAAUUAGACUGGUCAUUUAGACUUUCACUGCUAACUGAUCUUGUUCGGGGUAUGAAAUAUUUACACAAUAGUCCAAUUCGUGUACAUGGAUAUUUAACAUCAAGAAAUUGUGUUAUUGAUGCUAGAUGGGUUUUAAAAAUAGCUGAUUAUGGAUUACCAGCAUUUUAUGAAGCCCAAAAUAUUGUCAUGCCUGCUAAAACUGCUCGAGAUUUAUUAUGGACAGCACCAGAGCUAUUGAGACAUACAGCUCUUCGUAAAAGAGGCACACAACCAGGUGAUGUCUAUAGUUUUGGUAUUAUUAUGCAAGAAGUUAUUGUUCGUGGAGAACCAUUUUGUAUGCUAGCAAGAUCACCAGAAGAGAUUAUUGAAAAAGUUAAAAAACCACCACCAUUAAUAAGGCCAUCAGUAUCACAUCAAGCAGCUCCACCUGAAGCAAUAAAUAUCAUGCGACAAUGUUGGGCUGAAGCAGCUGAAAUGAGACCUGAUUUUAAUGCAGUUCAUGAUCUUUUUAAAAAAUUAAAUCAUGGAAGAAAAGUAAAUUUUGUCGAUACAAUGUUUCAAAUGCUUGAAAAAUAUUCAAAUAAUUUGGAAGAAUUAAUACGUGAACGUACUCAAGAGCUUGAUAUUGAAAAAAGAAAAACAGAAGAAAUAUUAAAUCGUAUGUUACCUGGUUCAGUUGCUGAAAAAUUAAAAUUAGGUAUGCCUGUUGAUCCAGAAGAAUUUGAUGAAGUUACAAUAUAUUUUUCUGAUAUUGUUGGUUUUACAACAAUAUCAGCAAAUUCAACAGCAUUUCAAGUUGUUGAUUUAUUGAAUGAUCUUUAUACAUGUUUCGAUGAUACAAUAAAUGCAUAUACUGUUUAUAAAGUUGAAACAAUUGGUGAUGCAUAUAUGGUAGUUGGUGGUUGUCCAGUUAGAAUACAAGAUCAUCCAUCACAAAUUGCAACAAUGGCACUUGAUUUAUUACAUCAAAGUGGCAAAUUUAAAGUACGACAUUUACCAAAAACACAGCUACAACUUCGAAUUGGUUUACAUACUGGUCCAUGUUGUGCUGGUAUUGUUGGAUUAACAAUGCCAAGAUAUUGUUUAUUUGGUGAUACUGUUAAUACAGCAUCAAGAAUGGAAUCAACUGGUGCACCAUGGCGUAUACAUUUGAGUCAAGCAACACGAGAUCGUUUGACUCAAGUUGGUGGUUAUCAUAUUGAAUAUCGUGGCUCAACUGAUAUUAAAGGUAAAGGAAAAAUGCCAACAUAUUGGCUACUUGGUAAACAAGGCUUUGACAAAAAAUUACCUACACCACCACCAUUUGGUGAUGAUCAUGGAUUGGAUGAAAGUUUGAUGAUAAAAAAAUCAGCAAGUACUGAGGAUUUAAAAGUUACAAUUGAAAAUUUUGAUAAUUCAACUAAAUUGCCACAAGUACAAGUACAAGUACAAACAACAGAUGAAUGUAUUGAUGCUGAUGCUCCAAGUAUAUCAUCAAAAGAUGAAGAUGAAAAUUGUAAAAGUAAUUCUUCAAUUUCAACAAAUUCAAAGUACAAUGGUGCAAAUGGUGGUCUUGGUGUGGUUGCAUCAGAUUGUGCUGGUGUUAUAACUAAAAAUGUUGUUGUUACUGUACAUGACGAGAAAGACAAAGACACAUCAGUUAUCACAACAAAUAAUAAUAAUAAUAAUAGCAGCAUCAAUACUGGCAUACAAUCAGCAUCAGCAUCAAGAGUUGCUGCUGCUCUUCUUGGUUCUUGUGGUGCUUCAACAACUUCACUAAGUUCAAUUGUAACAGCAACAACUGCAUUUCGUAAUUCAUCAGCAAGACACAGACACAGAGUCUUUAAUGCUGAUGAUCUUAGCUCACCGUACAAUCACUACAGGCGCCUAUCACCCAACGAACAUGGUAAAGGUUCAAGUGGACGAAUGCUCAAACGACAAUUUAGCCUUGAUCGUGCUGAUGAACCAUCAAUAUCAAUAAUAUCAGAUUCAAUAAUGUCAGCAGCAGCAUCAUCAAGAAUAUCAUCACGUUUAUACAAACAAAAUAGUGCUGGAGCAGCAAAUGACUUGGAAAAAAUUGAAGAAGUUGUACAACUUAAUAAUAAUAAUAAUAGCAAUAAUAAUCCAGCAACUGGAUCAUCAUUAUCAUCAUCAUCAUCAUCACAUCAUCCACCUUAUCGACAUGCUGCCUCUAUGUCACUAUCUGUUGAAUCACUUACAAUGCGUUAAUUAGUUAUCUAAUAUAUUAUUUAAUAAUAGCAAAUAAUCAAAAAUCAUGAAACCUGAAUAUCAUUGAAUUGUCUUGCCAUUUAAACAAACUACCUCCCUCAAUUUCACACUGACUGUUUGUUAUAAUAAUUAGAUAAAUAAUAAUAAUACUAGCUGAUAGUUUAAUUUAAUAUAAUGAAAAAUUAUUUGUAUACUUUGUAAAUAGUUUUUUUUCUAUCGGCCUAAGUGUCAGUCGUAAUUUCUGAUGAUUUAUUUUAAUGAAAAACGACUUGUUGAUGUUAAAAAAAAAAAUCAAUUAAUCAUAAUUAUAUACUAAAAUAAUAACAUACAAGAAAACUGUUUAACUUUUCAAUUAAAAAAUAUAUAUAUAUGUGUUGUUUACUAAUUGAAAGAGUUAUAUUAUUGUGAGCAAUAAUAAAAAUAUGAAAUUUGUGCCAAAUGUACAAUAAAAUAAUUAUACUGAUAAAUGAAUUUUUAAAUGACAAUCUAUUGACGAUAUGAUAAAGAUUAAAGACAAUGUGUUGGUUUAUAAAUUAUAAUUAAUAACUGUUUUUCAAUGUGUACCUGUAUUAUAUUGUCAAAAUAUAUAUCUGUUUUUUUAAAUUAAUGAAUUUGUUUGUUUUAAAUGUAUAAUAAUAAAAUGUGUCAAUUUUACGAAAAUCAUAUUUAUCAAUCAAUUGAUUGUUUUAAUAAUUAAUGGCAAUCAUUGUGAACACGACGAUAAUAAUAAUAAUAAGACUUAAUAAUAAAGUGAGCUUUUUUUUUUUUUUUAUUGUUUAAUUUAUUUUCACUUGAGAAAAAAAUAAAACCAAUCUGUGUUAUAACUUAUAGUUAUUCUCUCUUGAAUUUAAAUUUAAAUGUUACAAAAAAAAUAGAAAAAUGAAAAAAAAA